AUGGCGGACAUAUCCAAUGCGCAAACGCCACUACACAGCACACUCGAGCAAGAGCAUGCGCCGAAUGUCCCGUCACCACUCAACCCAUCGACAUCACGCGCCGCAUCGCGAACACCAGCGCCGCCCAUUGAGCGCGAGAGACGAGAGAAGAAGGAAUCGCUAAAGAAGCGCGAGUCGAAUGCGCACAACGAGACCAAAGAUACCAAGGCAACAUCGAGCAGCCUGGGCAAGCGCAAAGCCAGCGUAGUCCACACCUAUCCCUCACCACAGCGCUUCAAUGUUCCGCCGCCGCGCGCAGUCGACUUCGAGGAGCCCAAGGAGGAUGUCAUGGUGGGCCACGAGCCUUUCCCGCUUACAAUGCCGCAGAGUGAGCGGCAGCUGUACAAGCCGAUCGACCUGGCCGAGAACAAGAGAGGAUACCGAUAUUCCAGAGCCAUAGCAGAUCCGCUAUUUCCUCACAAGCAAUUCUAUCGAUCAACAUCCCCGCCACCACAUUACGCACGACUCAGCUUCGAAGAUGCUGACAAGUGGAUGCACUUCACCACGAACGCGCUCAUCACGACCAACGAGAAGGGCUGGAGAAUGGUCAGAUCAAACGUAUGUGCACGAGAAGGGACGCUGUACUACGAGAUCAGGAUACACAAAGGUGUUCCUCGAGAAGGUCCAGACACGACUGCGAGUGGUCCUGAGCCUCAUGUUCGCUUUGGCUUCGCUAGACGAGAGGCUCCGCUUGAUGCACCAGUAGGUUUCGAUGGGUACAGUUACGGCAUCACAGACAUCAGAUUUGAGACGAUGCAUCGCAGCAGACCUGGCAAGUUCUUUCACUCCAAAAAGACGAAAGCGAAGGGAGCCAAGGCCGCAGCAGGUGCGGCACCAACACCCGUCACUCUUGCGCCAGAAGACCAGCACGUCAAGGAGGGAGACGUUAUUGGCGUGGAGCUGCAGCUACCCUCACUGCCUCUGCACCACAAAAUCGCAACAGGCGAGUACAACCCAGCAGCAGACCAAGGAGAUGGCUUUGACCAGGGUGCCGACAAAUUGGACGAACCUAUGGAUGUCAUCCGAGAUCGCAUACCAGUGCCAUACAAAGGCAACAGCUACUUCGAAGUGCUGGAUCACGUACCUUCCAAGGCAAUGGAGAUGUACGCCGACAGGACGAUGAACCUCGCGUCCGCCGCCAGUCUACAAGGAACGAGCGCGAAGGAAGGUAUCAAACAGCCACCGAACCCGAACCACGAGCAGCCGUCGCUUCGAACACUACCCAGCAGCGCGAUCCGCGUCUACAAGAACGGGAAGCUCAUAGGAACCGCCUUUGAGAACCUACUUGCCUUCCUACCACCCGCGAGCGCGCCUAGCAAGACCAUGGGAGCAAGAGAAGGCUUCGACGAUGGCUUGGUAGGCUACUUCCCAGCAGUCUCCUGCUUCUUCGGCGGCAUAGCAGAAGUCAACUUUGGGGAUGGCAACCACGGUUUCUGGGCACCGCCAGCACAUCUGAAGAACACAAAAGCUGGCAAGUCGUCGAAGCGAGGUCCCGAUGUAGAUAUGCCGGAUGCCGGGCUCGACGCGAGCAAGCAGAAAGCUGGCUGGAAUCCUGGACGCACACUGAGAGGUAUCGGCGAGCGGUAUAAGGAGCAAGUUGCGGAAGAUAUUGUGUGGGAUCUUGUUGAUGAGGUGGACUUCUUCGUACAGGAUGGUGGGUAUGAGGGCACAGUUGGGUCAGGUGCUGUGGGAGCGGAUAUCAGUAAGAAGAGCAGCAGGUUGAAAGAGGAGGAUUAG